AUGUGCCAUAUAACCUUAUUUCACUGUGUAAAUAUCUGUUGGUUCAUAUCCGUUCAUUUAUCUGAAUCCGUCUGUUCAUUAUCUGUCUGUUCCAAUCGAUUCAUUCAUAUCUAUCUAUCUAUCUAUCUAUCUAUCUAUCUAUCUAUCUAUCUAUCUAUCUCAGCCUGUUCUUAUCUAUCUAUUUAUCUAUCUAUCUCAGCCUGUUUAUAUCUAUCUAUCUAUCUCAGCCUGUUCAUAUCUAUCUAUCUAUCUAUCUCAGCCUGUUCAUAUCUAUCUAUCUCAGCCUGUUCAUAUCUAUCUAUCUAUCUAUCUAUCUAUCUAUCUAUCUAUCUAUCUAUCUAUCUAUCUCAGCCUGUUCAUAUCUAUCUAUCUCAGCCUGUUCAUAUCUAUCUAUCUAUCUAUCUAUCUCAGCCUGUUCUUUUCUAUCUAUUUAUCUAUCUAUCUAUCUCAGCCUGCUCAUAUCUAUCUAUCUAUCUAUCUAUCUAUCUAUCUAUCUACUUACCUACAGACCUCUGUUCGCAUCUAUCUAUCUAA